AUGUCCUCGGGCGGCGCGGCGCGUGAGGCCGUCUUCCCGACCCGCCAGGUGUUGGGACAGAUGAAGAGCAAGCUCAAGGGAGCCCAGACUGGCCAUGAUCUGCUCAAGCGCAAGAGCGAGGCCCUGACAAAACGCUUCCGAGAGAUCACCCGCCGCAUCGAUGAAGCCAAGCGCAAGAUGGGCCGCGUCAUGCAGAUCGCCGCCUUUUCGCUCGCCGAAGUGACCUACGCUGCUGGUGGAGACAUCAGCUACCAGAUCCAGGAGUCGGCGAAGAACGCCAAGUUCCGUGUUCGCACCAAGCAGGAGAACGUCUCUGGUGUCUUCCUGCCGCAGUUCGAGAGCUUUACCACCGAGGGUAACAACGACUUCGGUCUCACGGGUCUAGGCAAAGGUGGACAGCAGGUGCAAAGGUGCAGAGAGACGUAUGCUCGUGCAGUGGAAACGCUGGUCGAACUGGCUAGUCUGCAGACCGCCUUCGUCAUCCUAGACGAGGUCAUCAAGGUCGUGAACCGCAGAGUUAACGCCAUCGAGCACGUCAUCAUUCCCAGGACGGAGAACACGAUCAAGUACAUUAACUCGGAGCUGGAUGAGCUCGACAGAGAGGAGUUCUACAGACUGAAGAAGGUUUCUGGCAAAAAGGAGCGCGACGCUGCCGAGGCAGAAAAGGAGAGAGAUCUCAAGCAAGGACAAGGCGCGGCUGCGCAGGUUGAGGGUGAAACGGAAACGAAGGACCUCUUGGGCGAUCAGGACAACGAGGAUGUCAUUUUCUAG